AUGCCGAGUUUUGCGCUGCAGUUCCGAGGCGCGCUGACGAACGUGUCGGGUCUCGUCCCUGCCGAGGGCGUGGAUGCAGCGCUGCUGAUCCCGAUUGAGUGCACGUCGUGCCAUGAGGAGCACCCGAAUGCCGUCGCACUCGAGCCAUCCAACGUGGAUGAGAUGCAAAAGAGCCGGGGCGUGGCGAAUCUCGUGAUGCACUGCCCAGGCUGCCGCCGUGAGAAUGCAGCGACCUUCGUCGUGAGCAAAGCCGAGAAGCUCGGUGAGGUGUCGCCGUGGAGUGCGAUUGACACGGACGGCGACUGGGCGACGCUCUGUACGAUCGAGUUUCGCGGUAUGCAGCCACGCACGCCCACGAUCCAUGGCCUUUUGACGGAUUCGAGCUCAUGGACGUGCCGAGGCACAGAGAGUGGCACGCCAUUCACGGACGUCCAGUUUGAGGAGGACGGCGAGUGGCACGACUACGACGACAAGGCCGGCGACGAAGUCAGCAUUACGGACGUGGAGCUACGGUGGCACAAGGUCUAG